GCUUUAUCGCGGCGAUUUCAUCCUUGCACCGGUUGCCUACGAAACCAACAAUUUGUGCCUCCAUGCCUUACUGGACACACCGUUUACCCAGCGCCACGGCAAUCAUCAUCCUCGUAUUGUCCAGGAAUUUGGCGACCUCCGUUGCACAGGCGAUCCGUUCUGCUUCGUUUGGAAGUGCACCUUCAAGGGAAGCCCGCUUGCUCUUCGUCGGCACAUGAACCGUUUCCACGGAAUUCGUUUCCGCCGUCUAUCUCGUUCUGCGCUGCCCUGAUACCAGUACGUCGACCUGACUCGGUUUCAGCUCAAACUACGUUUUUGCCACCAAGUCAGAGCAUUUGUAUACCAUCGUAGUAUUAACAUUCAUGUUUCUUUG